AUGCCGGGAGAGGGCAACACUCAGCUGAAAUGGCAGCACGUGGCCGGGGACUGCCGCAUCCUGUCGGACAUCUUGGCCGAGAAGGACAACAAGUCUCCGUGGCUGCUGUUCAAGUUCCUGGACGCUCUGCUGCGCGGCUACGGACAGGUGCUGUUCUGCAACAACCCGCUGACUGGCGCGCUGCUGUUGGCAGCCCUGGCGGUUGCUGAUUGGACGGUGUGCCUCUGGGGGCUGCUGGCAGCUGCCACGGGGCUCCUCGUGUCCGUCGCCGCCCAGCAGGACAUUGGCGCGGUGCGUGCGGGGGCGACCACGUUCAACUCGCUGCUGGUGGGCCUCGUUUCGGCCAGCGCGCUGCGGGGCAUCUACGGGACGGCCCUGGAGGAGGACCCCAGGGUCGCCGUCGUCGUCGUCGCUGGGGCUGCCAUUUGUGCACUGGUGGCCUCUGGUAUGACCCGCCUGCUGUCGCACCUGGGCGGCGUGCCCAGCCUGGCGCUGCCCUUCGUGCUCACACAGGCCCUCAUCUUCUCCUGCGUCGCCCACGCCAGCCUCAUGGCGCCCGCCUCCGACAACGGCGGGCAGGUCGUGGCUGACGUCACGAGUCCAGCUGCCGCCGUCACCCAGGUACCGACUGUGCAGACGCAUCAGCCCCCCAGGCCCGUGGUUCCAGUACACCACACCUCGACUGCCUGGACAGCACCGCUCAACGCCAGUGUUCCAGCACAACUGCUCUCCAGCGCCAUACCCACACUGCCCCGAGACGUCGAAAUCAUCCAAGUGCCUGAUGCAGUUCUCAGGAACCGGACACCAUCAGAGUCGAUUGGCGCCAGUAGCAUACGCAGACGCAGGCUCGCCCAUUCAGCUAUGAUGGAAGAGGAACUACUUCUACAGGAUGGCAGCAAUGGGGGAGAAUCUACUACAGAAGCAGAACGGUCUGACAGCAAUCUGGGGAAGGCUGAAACUAUUCCUGUUCCUGCUGCUGAAGAUGUCACUCUCCAGUCUUCACUACCUGUAGAAACAAUCCCGACAGCAGAGAGCACAUAUGCUAUGGACGUGACAAACUCUCUGAGUACCACUGAGGUGUUUGCAGAAGGAACGGAUGUGGGAGGAGGAAUCCUUUAUGGGGCUAACUUUCUGAUGGAUGAACUGAUGCAAAAUGAUGGGCCACCUCAGUUUGCAUCAGCUACAGAGGAGAAUGAGUCUACCACCCGAAAUGAUGGCAAUGGCAAUCUCGGAGCCUCAAAUAAUGGGGAGAACAACAAUGGAUCUGUAGGAGACAUAACAACAAUCGGAACAGCCAAACUGGGCCAACUCUCAGAAGAGCAUCAGAGCACUGUGACUGAAAUGAUGACUACAGUGGUAUAUACAGGUAAAGGAGUCAGUCAGGACAAGAUUUACAGUCAAGGGGUUUCCUCAACCGUUCCUAGUAGUGUCAAGGAGGAGGGAUCCAGUAUAGCAAAUGGUAAUGCUGCUCUUAGAAGCAGUGCAGCCCCACCUCCAAAAGACGCCCACCCUGCUGAGACAAUGGAGUUGUCAGAGUCCAGAUCAGCAGCUGCAUCAGCACUGGAAGGUCCUUCCAGUUUCCAAGCACCAAGGGAGCCGGCUAUGUCUGACCGUCAGCCUGUGGCGGGCCCAGUGGACACUGAGGCUGGCGCUGAGGUGGAAAUGGAGGUGGAUGUGGAGCCAGCCAGUGGUGAGGUGGACUGGGGCCGGGUGUUCGGCAGCAUCCUGCUGGCCCCCACACAGGCCUUCGGGCUGGAGCACGAGGUGGCCGGGGCGCUCAUGUACCUGGGAGUCGCCCUGAGUUCCCCGGUCACUGCUGCUGCCCUCGCCGCUGGGGCCAUCGUUGGAGCCUUCACGGCGCUGCUGGUGGGCGCGCCGCUGGAGGGCAUCUACUCUGCGGGCUGGACGUUCAACGCGAUGCUGACGCACGGCGCGCUCUGCGGCUUCCUGUUCGUGUGGUCGCCGCUGUCGCAGGGGGUGGCGCUGGCGGCGGCCGCCUUCUCCGUCGCCCUCUUCUCCGCCGUCGAGCCCGCCAUGUCCUCCGUACCGAUGCCGGUGAUGAGCCUGCCCUUCAACCUGACCACCAUGCUUUUCUUCAGCGUGGCCAGCAGGAGGCUCUGGAGGCCAGAGGAGCUCUCCAGCCCGGAGCAGCACUUCCGCGACUACCGGGCCGAGAUGAAGAAGAGACGCCGAGACGCGGAGAGGCAGCGUAUGAUGGACGAAGAGCCGGCGAAGGAGAAGAAGGCACCGCUGGCGGAGGCGGAGAAGUUGAGCGACGCCGAGGAGGUGUGAACACGGGACCCCGGCAUACAUCGCGCGGACGUGCCUCGCGCGCCUGCCGGCGUCCGAUCCACCUGUUGCAGCCGGCCGCACUCUGAAUGCAAAACAUGCGGCGCCCAUUAAGCGCUAAGCGGGGGGCGCCCAAAUAAACAGUGCCAAACACUGUGGACACGUCCACAAAAAAACCUGUACUUUAGCGUGUAUUAACAACUCACCUCGAUAAUGCAUCAUUUCGCCAUGAAGUCAUUUCUGGAAAAUUCAAUCCAGAAUUAUAUGCUGCCAACUCAUCCAUCACUUCAUUUAGCACUGGCUGACGGACAACUCAUACCACCAUGUCUCGUUAGGUUACGUUUAUUCCUGAUUUUUGUGUUGAAUCUCUGUGUUUCUACUAUUAAGGUCGAUCAGCAGGGACUUGUAGAUAAUGUACCAUAUGAACCUCUUUAACACAUCACGGUUUUGCCCCAGUGCAACAACUCCUCUUGACACUGCCGCGGAAAAGGUGACGAUAUGGGCUGUUUGUGACAGCAAGACAUUUCCCAUGGAAAUUGCAUGUCGCCAUGUACAGUUCACAGACAUGUCGAAUAUCUUGUAUCCAUUCACUUUGCAUCUUCUGCAGCUGUGUCCCUAACAUAAGAGAUAUCGCUCGGUCGUAGGUUCAUGGAUAGCACUCACCUUGACUGCGAUGACGGCAACAUAUGAUUGAUAGGCUGCCUGGCUAUUUAAAAUUAUUUCAUUUAACGUGAGAAUUAUUGAUCACAGUAACUUUGAAUAAUGAUCUCAAAAAAUUGAAAUAGAACAUAAAAAAG